AUGCUGAGCGCGCCCACCCUCACCCAGAGCUCCCCUGCUUUUCUGCCCUCGCCCCUUUUCUCCGCCGUGGAAACGGCCCCGCCCCUCGCCACCCCGGCCCGCGUUCCGCACCCCCCACCCUACCUCCCCGCCAGCCCCGGGCCAGCCACCACCACAGCCCCCCGGCUGAGGGCUGUGGGGAGGAGAGCCCCGCGGGCCAGGCCCCCGCCCGCCCUGCGCGCCCCUUCCCCGAGCGCGCGCGCCCCGCGGCCCCCUCCGCGGCCUCCUGCUCCCCGCCUCCCCGCCUCCCCGCCUUCCCCUCCUCCUGGUGACGUCCGGGUCCCUGCCCGUCUGAAAACUCCGCGCCGCGGCGGUGGAGGCGGCGGCGGCGGCGGCGGCGGCGGNCGGGGGGCCCCGGCGCGGGCGCGGGGAGGCGGCCCCGGAGAACCCCGGGCGCAGCAGCCGGCCAGCCGGGGGGCACUGCCCGCGCGGGCGCUGGACCCUCGUCCAAGUCCUCCGAUCACCCUGGAGACCCAGGAUGGCUACUUUUCUCACCGUCCGAAAGAGAAAGUGCGAACAGACAGCAACAACGAGAACUCAGUCCCCAAAGACUUUGAGAAUGUGGACAACAGCAACUUUGCACCCAGAACUCAAAAGCAAAAGCACCAGCCUGAGUUGGCAAAGAAGGCCCCGAGCAGACAGAAGGAGCUUUUGAAAAGGAAGCUGGAGCAGGAGGAGAAGGGGAAGGGACAUUCGUUCCCAGGCAAAGGCACCAAUGAGGUGAUGCCUCCUGGGGAGAAAGCCACGGUGAACAGUAGCCGUGGGAAGGAUGCCCCAAGACAGCCCCACACCAGGAAAAGCGGGGGCAGCUCCCCCGAGCUCAAGCAAGACCAGCCCCCCAAGUGUGACAUCUCGGGCAAAGAGGCCAUCUCCGCACUGUCCCGCUCCAAGUCCAAACACUGCCGCCAGGAGAUCGGGGAGACCUACUGUCGCCACAAGCUAGGGCUGCUGAUGCCCAAGAAGGUGACACGAUUCUGCCCCCUGGAAGGCAAAGCCAACAAGAACGUGCAGUGGGACGAGGACUCGGUGGAAUAUAUGCUCACCAACCCGGUCCGAAUCGCCUUCGUGCUGGUGGUCCACGGCCGCGCCUCUCGACAGCUGCAGCGCAUGUUCAAGGCCAUUUACCACAAAGACCACUUCUACUACAUCCACGUGGACAAGCGCUCGAAUUACUUACAUCGGCAAGUGCUGCAGUUCGCCAGACAGUACAGCAAUGUUCGUGUCACACCCUGGAGGAUGGCCACCAUCUGGGGGGGCGCCAGCCUCCUGUCCACGUACCUGCAGAGCAUGCGGGACCUCCUGGAGAUGACCGACUGGCCCUGGGACUUCUUCAUCAACCUGAGCGCCGCCGACUACCCCAUCAGGACAAAUGACCAGCUGGUGGCAUUUCUCUCCCGGUACCGAGAUAUGAAUUUCCUGAAGUCACACGGCCGGGACAACGCAAGAUUCAUCCGAAAGCAGGGUCUGGACCGGCUCUUCCUGGAGUGUGACGCCCACAUGUGGCGACUCGGGGACCGGCGAAUCCCAGAGGGCAUUGCUGUGGAUGGAGGCUCCGAUUGGUUCCUGCUGAACCGGAAGUUUGUCGAGUACGUGACCUUCUCCACAGACGAUCUGGUGACCAAGAUGAAGCAGUUUUACUCCUACACCCUGCUUCCUGCUGAGUCCUUCUUCCACACGGUCCUGGAGAACAGCCCCCACUGUGACACGAUGGUGGACAACAACCUGCGCAUCACCAACUGGAACCGGAAGCUGGGCUGCAAGUGCCAGUACAAGCACAUCGUGGACUGGUGCGGCUGCUCGCCCAACGACUUCAAGCCGCAGGACUUCCACCGCUUCCAGCAGACAGCCAGGCCGACCUUCUUUGCCCGAAAAUUUGAAGCCGUGGUGAAUCAGGAAAUCAUCGGGCAGCUGGACUAUUACCUGUACGGGAACUACCCCGCGGGCACCCCAGGCCUCCGCUCCUACUGGGAGAACGUGUACGACGAGCCGGACGGCACCCACAGCCUGAGUGACGUGGCACUUACCUUGUAUCACGCCUUCGCCCGCCUGGGCCUCCGACGGGCCGAGUCGUCGCUGCACGUGUCGGGGGAGAGCAGCUGCCGGUACUACCCGAUGGGCCACCCAGCGUCCGUCCACCUCUACUUCCUUGCGGACCGCUUCCAGGGCUUUUUGAUCAAGCAUCACGCUACUAAUUUGGCUGUGAGCAAACUGGAGACCCUGGAGACGUGGGUGAUGCCGAAGAAGGUCUUCAAGAUCGCAAGCCCGCCCAGCGACUUUGGGAGGCUCCAGUUUUCCGAGGUCGGCACUGACUGGGAUGCCAAGGAGCGGCUCUUCCGCAACUUCGGGGGUCUCCUGGGGCCCAUGGACGAGCCCGUAGGCAUGCAGAAAUGGGGGAAGGGCCCCAACGUCACCGUGACUGUCAUCUGGGUGGACCCUGUCAACAUCAUCGCAGCCACCUAUGACAUCCUGAUUGAAUCCACUGCCGAGUUCACCCACUACAAGCCCCCUUUGAACUUGCCCCUGAGGCCUGGGGUCUGGACAGUGAAAAUUCUUCACCACUGGGUGCCGGUCGCAGAGACCAAAUUCCUCGUUGCUCCGCUGACCUUCUCCAACAGGCAGCCUAUCAAACCAGAGGAGGCGUUGAAGCUGCACAACGGGCCCCCGCGCAGCGCCUACAUGGAGCAGAGCUUCCAGAGCCUGAACCCCGUCCUCAGCCUGCCCGUCAGCCCGGCCCAGGUGGAGCAGGCCCGGCGGAACGCGGCCUCCACGGGCGCAGGACUGGAGCGCUGGCUGGACUCGCUGGUGGGGGGCAUGUGGACCGCCAUGGACGUCUGCGCCGCGGGCCCCACGGCCUGCCCAGUCAUGCAGACCUGCAGCCAGACCGCCUGGAGCUCCUUCAGCCCCGACCCCAAGUCCGAGCUGGGAGCUGUCAAACCCGAUGGCCGGCUCAGGUAGCACCGGGCGCGUGCGGGCCCCAGCGGAUGUCCGAGGGAAAGCAGCCCGAGGGCUGGUGGCGCCCGGACCCCGGCCCCCUGCUGCCAGGGUGCCUUUUGUGAGAGGGGCUCCCCCGGCUACAGAACGAUGGACAGGAAGGUGCGGAGGUCAAGGCAGCUCCUGCCAACAACCUGGCCCCCUCCCCCCCCGGCUCUGGGGGGCGAGGAGUGCGCAGUCCCGGGGCCGUGGUGGUCUUACCUCUUCUGGUUGGCCCUCGAAGCCUCCAGAUUCCUUGUCCUCCCCCGCGGUGAUGCAGUCCCCCCAGUCAAGUGAUUCUCCAACUUUUCUUUUGAGCAGAAUUCUGUUUACGAAGCGCAGUUGGAGGUACAAGUUCAAGGUGUGGUUGACAUCCGGGCUGCUGGGGUUGAAGCUGGGGAGGGUGAGGUUCUUUGUCAAAGCUCAGCCUUUGCCCAGGGCGCCUCCUGAGGCUCCUCCCGAACCCAAGAGCUCCACAGAACCCCUUGUGAAGAGCACUGCCCAGACCCUGGGCAUGACCUCCAGCCCUGCCCUGAGGCUCAUCUUCCCGCCCUUGGAGGGGAAGGGCACUGGGUGAGCCUUCCACCAGCCCUUCUCCGGCCUCCUUCCUAGCUAGAUGAGCAGGAGAGCUUUUUGAUGGGACGUGGCCGAGGUUCCCCGCCGUCUGCGUUCCAUGCCAGCCUCGCUCCCAGACUGCCCCACGAGGCUACAGAAAGGCUAUGAGGCUCAGGUAUGCGAGCAUCUGUGCAGGGGCUGGGAGACCAAGACCCUGACCUCGUGGGUCUUGGACAAGGAGAACUCUGGGGCCUGUGGCCAUGAAACUCAGAUGGUUGGGACCCGACUCCUGAGCCGGAUAGCCUAGCAAUACCCGUCCCAGCCUGAGGCCUUCUGCACGGAGGUGAAGCCCACCCAACCUUGGGAAUGGUCCCCCCACCCCACCCUCAUUCCGGAGCGGGAGUUGGGGAGGGACCAGGCUUCUCGCCUCUAGGACAGGCAUUUCAGAUUUGGUGUUCAAAUUCACGCCCUUCUCAGAGGUGCCAGUGGGCCCCUCUGCUGUGCAGCGGGAAAGCUGGAAGCUUGAGCGUCCAAUCGGCUCAAACCUCAACAACAGCGUUCUUCCAAGUGCUUGAGUUGCCAGAUCCCUGCACCGUGACCUUGCUGUGUGCCUCGGAGGGCCAGCCCCGCUCCGCUGGAAAACCCAGCCUAAGGCCCCUUCCUUCUCCGAUUGCAGCCCCCACUCCCCCCAGGAGAGGCUUUCCUUGGCCAAGGCCGACCCCAGCUUCCAACUGUCCUGCCCCGGGGAGCCCGUCCUCGUGUUCCCGGGCAGCGCGGGUGUGAAGGUACCGCAGCACCCCCACCCCCGACCCCCACCCUGCGCUCACCCCAGAGCCCAUGCCCUGCCCGGCCGCAUGUUCUGUGAGCCACGGAGGGGCCGGAGGAGGGACACUUUCAGUAUUUAUUAUUUAUGUUUUAGUCAAUGACUAAUGAGUAGGUGCUGCUUUUGCAGCUGGUCAGUUACGUCUCUUACUAACUGAAGCUGCCUUCAUUCACGAAAGGCCCCCCCCCCUU